AGCAGUGGAAGGUUUUUGGGGGCUUGCUAGCAGCUCUGUGGCUUUGUCUCCAGUGAUGUUCCAGGUCUUUUCAGGAUUCCAGUAGUCCCUGUAAAAGAAUGGGAGCAGUACCAGCACCGAUCCUUGUCACACUUCUUCUCAGCCAAGUGCUCCAGCUUACACUGUGCUAUGAUGUUUUUAUCGAUAGUAAGAGGGCUUCUCAGGUUAUCCGAGUAAGGAGAGCAAACACACUCUUAGAGGAGCUGAAGCAGGGAAAUCUGGAGCGAGAGUGUGUGGAGGAGAUCUGUAGCAAUGAGGAGGCUCGAGAGGUGUUUGAGAUAAGUGACAAAACGGUUCAGUUUUGGGAGAAAUACUUAGCUUGUGAUGGCAACACUUUGAAGAGGACUCCAGACAAUAUUUCGAAAGUAAGAACGUGUGUGAAUAAAAAAGAUCACUGCUAUCUCAACACUGGUGAGCACUACAGUGGUGAUGUUAACCUCACUAUAUCUGGAAAGACUUGUCAAUACUGGAAAAGCAACUUCCCCCACAGAAUCAUUGAGAUUAAUCAAACACAGCUGAAACUUCCUGAGAACUUCUGCAGGAAUCCAGACAAGAGCCCUACUGGACCCUGGUGCUUCACCAGCGACCCCACUGUCAGGAGGGAGAAAUGUGCAGUGGCAAAAUGUGGAGAGACCUUGCAGCCAGUUCCAACCGUCAAAGUGGGGACUAUAGAGGAGCGCUAUGCUAAGACCAAAUGUAUUGCUGGCAAUGGAGAAACUUACACUGGAGAUCUGUCUGUGACUCUGGGUGGCCACACCUGCCUGGAGUGGAACUUGCCUAAGGUGAAGGCUUUGAGUGUGGGGAAGGAGUUCAAACCAGAUAUACAACUAGUGAAGAACCACUGCAGGAACCCCGAUGGAGAUCUGGAGGGACCAUGGUGCUAUGUGAAGAGUGCUGCUGGAACCAUCACUGUCGAUUACUGUAACCUAGAGCUAUGUGAUGCUCCCUUGGUAGGGAUGGUAGAACAGGACUCUGAUCGGAAGAGGACCACUACAGAGAAAAGAACUGCUUUCUUUAGCCCUCGCAGCUUCGGCCAAGGAGAAGAAGAGUGUGGAGUGCGCCCUCUAUUUGAGAAAGUAAGUAAAGCAGAUGGAACGGAGGUUGAACUGCUCAAAUCAUAUUCUAAAAGAAUUGUGGGAGGUGUUUCUGCUGAAGUAGGAAGUGCACCAUGGCAGGUGAUGUUGUUUAAGCGUAGCCCUCAGGAGCUUCUGUGUGGAGCCAGUUUGAUCAGUAAUGAGUGGAUCCUCACUGCAGCUCACUGCAUUCUUUACCCACCAUGGAACAAGAACUUCACCAUUGAUGAUAUUCUUGUUCGCCUUGGAAAACACAAUCGUGCUAAGUACGAGAGAGGUACUGAGAAGAUUGUGGCAAUCGAUGAGAUCAUUAUUCAUCCAAAAUAUAACUGGAAGGAGAAUCUUAACAGGGACAUCGCUCUGCUGCACAUGAAGAAACCUGUCACCUUCACUAAUGAAAUCCACCCUAUCUGCCUGCCCAGCAAAAGUGUCGCAAACUUAUUGAUGUCUGAGGGCUUCAAGGGUCGUGUGACAGGCUGGGGGAACCUGAAGGAGUCAUGGACAUCAAACCCACAGAAUCUGCCGGCAGUGCUGCAGCAGAUUCACCUGCCUAUUGUGAACCAGGACACCUGUCGCAAGUCUACCUCAAUCCGUGUCACUGACAACAUGUUCUGUGCAGGUUACAGCCCAGAGGACACACAGAGAGGUGAUGCAUGCGAAGGAGACAGUGGUGGACCAUUUGUAAUGAAGAAUCCUGAUGACAAUCGCUGGUAUCAGAUUGGUAUUGUGUCGUGGGGUGAGGGCUGCGAUCGGGAUGGUAAAUACGGAUUUUACACCCACCUGUUCCGCAUGCGCCGCUGGAUGAGGAAGGUCAUUGAAAAAUCAGAUUCUGCAGAUGAUGACUGAUGUCCUUAUGAAUAUGCAAGAGCCAAAUAUGUCUCUUUUUGGGAUUUGUCCAACUGAAAUAAAAGUGCAAAUAAAAGUUGAUUAAUCUGAAA